GCACGGACAGCCUCUCCGUCCGAAUCCGCAAAGCGAGAAGCGCAACUUUCCUACAUUUCGCUCCCUUUUUAAUCUACAGCCACUUCAAAAACUGCACAGUCCUUUUCUGUUUCAUUUCAUUUUAUUCCGUUAUUUUCUGGGACCCAAAAAAAAGAGCUCCAGAUGAGUUCAGCAGCAGGGAAAGGGACUUUGCUUCUUCUUUUCGCGGUGCUGUUGACAGAAGAGUGCUUCUCAUCAAAAGGAGAGGAUCGUCUCUUCCAUCGGCUGUUUCGCAGGUACAACCCAUACAUCCGUCCUGUGGAGAAUGUGUCCGACCCCGUGACGGUGGAAUUUGAAGUAUCCAUAUCGCAGCUGGUGAAAGUCGAUGAAGUCAAUCAAAUCAUGGAGACCAAUCUCUGGCUGAGACAUAUUUGGAACGACUACAAGCUGAAGUGGGUUCCCUCUGAGUAUGAUGGAAUUGAAUUUAUACGCGUCCCAUCUAACAAAAUAUGGAGGCCUGACAUCGUGUUGUAUAACAAUGCUGUGGGGGACUUCCUGGUGGAGGACAAAACAAAAGCGUUGUUGAAAUUUGACGGAACUGUGACCUGGGUCCCACCGGCCAUUUUCAAAAGCUCCUGUCCGAUGGACAUAACUUACUUUCCCUUCGACUACCAGAACUGUUCCAUGAAGUUCGGAUCCUGGACCUACGACAAGGCCAAGAUUGACCUGGUCUUGAUUGGAUCAAAGGUCAACCUGAAGGACUUCUGGGAGAGUGGGGAGUGGGAGAUCAUCGAUGCCCCGGGGUACAAGCAUGACAUCAAGUACAACUGCUGUGAGGAAAUCUACCCUGACAUCACCUAUUCCUUUUACAUCCGCCGUCUCCCACUUUUUUAUACCAUCAACCUCAUCAUCCCAUGCCUGCUUAUUUCCUUCCUGACCGUACUGGUCUUCUACCUGCCUUCGGACUGUGGCGAGAAGGUCACGCUUUGUAUAUCCGUUCUCCUCUCCCUCACUGUGUUCCUGCUGGUCAUCACUGAGACCAUCCCUUCUACCUCACUGGUCAUCCCUCUCAUUGGCGAGUACCUCCUCUUCACCAUGAUCUUCGUCACACUCUCCAUCGUCAUCACUGUCUUUGUACUCAAUGUGCACUACCGCACACCGACGACACAUACCAUGCCAAGCUGGGUACGCACCGUCUUCCUGGGUAUGCUGCCACGGGUCAUGUUCAUGCGCCGACCUGCUGAUAACCAAGAGGCCAGGGGUGGGGCUGGGGCCGGGAGGAAGCGCAGGGGCAGCACCUCGCAGCAGGGUACGCCCGUGAACUGCCUGGAGUAUGGCGAGGCCAAGGCACCCAUAGAGACCAAGAAAUGCCCCUGCAAGCAUGGCAAGGACACCCCUGAAACCGACGCCGGGAAGCCGAGCCGGCAGCUGAGCAACCAGCCGGUCAACACGGUGGUAGCCUUCUCCGUGGUCUCACCCGAGAUCAAGCAGGCCAUCGAGAGUGUCAAGUAUAUCGCGGAGAACAUGCGGAGCCGCAACAAAGCCAAACAGACUGAAGAUGACUGGAAGUAUGUAGCCAUGGUCAUCGACCGGAUCUUCCUCUGGGUCUUUGUUCUCAUCUGUGUCCUGGGAACGCUGGGUCUCUUCUUCCAGCCUCUCAUUGGCUUCCUAACAUAA